AUGGAAGAGGGUCUUCUUGAUGGAUCUAUUGCCAAAGAAGACGAUACGUCGGAUGAGUAUUCAGUACUGAUCAAUGGAGUUCUGGAAAUCUCCAUGUGUCCUGAUACUGGAGCGGAUAAUAGCAUUGUACCAGUCAAUUUUGUCAAAACAAUUCAAGAGCGGUGCAAGGACGUGAAGAUCUUGCCAAUUACAAACCCGCCGGUGGUCAAAGCAGCGGGACGGAAGCGACUGACGUGCACGUCGAUGGUGUUCCUGGACCUACAGAUCCGUGCAGCGGCUGGGCCAGGCAAUAUCCAUAACGUCAAGUGCUAUGUGUUUGAAGAAGGUGAUGACCACUUCAUGCUGGGCAGAGAUGUUCUGGAGGCGUUGGGAAUCAAUAUCAAGUCAAUUUGGAACAAUUGGCCAACACAAGCAUUGAAUUGA